ACCUUCCGCUACCGCGCCGCCAUCGUGGUGGAGGACGACCUGGAGGUGGCGCCGGAUUUCUUCGAGUACUUCCAGGCGGUUCUGCCGCUGCUGAAGGGGGACCCCAGCCUGUGGUGCGCCUCGGCGUGGAACGACAACGGCAAGGAGGGCCUGGUGGACCCCGGCCGCGCCGAGCUCCUCUACCGCACCGACUUCUUCCCCGGCUUGGGCUGGCUGCUGCUGGCCGAGCUGUGGGACGAGCUGGAGCCCAAGUGGCCGCCGGCCUUCUGGGACGAUUGGAUGAGGCAGCCGGAGCAGCGGCGCGGCCGCUCCUGCGUCCGGCCCGAGGUGUCCAGGACGAUGACCUUCGGCCGCAAGGGCGUCAGCCACGGCCAGUUCUUCGACCAGUACCUGAAAUUCAUCAAACUCAACGACCGCUUCGUGCCUUUCACCCAGCUGGACCUUUCUUACCUCAAGAAGGACGAGUACGAACGUUUCUUCCUGCGCCAGGUCUACUCCGCCCCCGAAAUCAAGCUGGAGGAUCUCCAGAAGGAGGCGGGGCGGGAGCCGGGGCCGGUCAGGCUCCAGUACCGGGGCAGGGAUUCCUUCAAGGCUUUGGCCAAAGCUUUGGGCCUGAUGGACGACCUCAAGUCGGGCGUUCCGCGCGCCGGCUACCGCGGCGUGGUCAGCUUCGUGUGCCGCGGGCGCCGCGUCUUCCUGGCGCCGCCCUCGGACUGGACGGGCUACGACCCUUCCUGGAGCUGAGAUUUGGGGUUUUCCGUCCCCUCGGUUUUCGGGUUUUUUUUGGCGGGGGGAGGAUUUGGGGUGAAUUCGGAGCGGGGGGUUUUUGCAGAAUAAAAGGUGAGAAAAUGGGGGAUU